GCUCGGUCUACCUGCCACCCCUUGGGCGGGCUGACAUGGCGCUCUCUGAGUGGCCCGGAUUUUAGUCCGAAGUUCAUUUGCUGAUGUUGGUUGUUGGGACUGGGUUGUGACAUCAUUGAUCACUUCUAAAGCGCCCCAGUGGCAGUAGCUUGGUGCAGGAGCGCUAUUAAAUGGGCAAAGACUUCGAUGAUUUGGUGAAAGAGUUGAAAGAUUUGGGGUUCAAGCAGCGAAAGAAGAAACUAGGUAACGGCGACAUCUGCUUUUAUCACGUAGAUUACCCAAACUUCGGUUUCUUAAGGGACUCUAACGUCAAUAAUUCAUUCAGGGUCAAAACUUACGUUGAUAAAGCAAUUGAAUUCUUGGAGGAGGCCAAACGCAACGCAGCGAAGGAGGAAGCAGAGCAGAAAGAGGCUGAAGAAGGGCCGGGGAAAAACAAGAAAGGGAAGAAGAAGAAGUAAUGGCUGCGGUGGGGCAGCAAGUGGUUCAGCGCGGCAUGGGGGCCAGGGGAAGAUUCAAGGGGGAGGGAAAGGGGAAGGAGCCGCAGAAACGAAAACGGACUGAAGCAGGUGGUGCGAGCGGCAGCGCAGCGGAAGGCGGGAGUCUGGAGCAGGGCGCUGCAAAGCUGAAGGCGGGAGAGUGGACGCGCGUCAAGGAGGCGGACGACUAUGAUGUCAAGGACGUGUUCUCCAAGGUGCUGCACGGGCUGGAGUACCCUGCGUACGUCUCGCGAGAGCUGCACGAGGAGACGGGAGUCCCCUUCUACUAUGCGGAGGCGCCCGACAUCAGGGACCUCUGCACCAUGAGGCCCAACGCGCGGGAGGCGCAGGAUGUGCUGGCGCGCCACCUCCACGCGGAGCUGGCAGAACGCGCAAUCAUCAGGAUGCUGCCACCGCUGCCGUCGCCAGACCUGCCGCCGAAUUCGGUGAAGCCGACCUACACCUGGAAGAUACGAAUCGACGGGGAGAGGCUCACCCGGUUACUCAACAGCAUCGACAUCGGCCAUGUCGAAGCUACCGAUUCGGAUUAGUGUGCUAGGCUCCUAUAUUGUUAAGGAAAUAAGUCAAACGAUGUUUGUGUGUAUGCUUCGCCAAGCAGGGGAUGCAAAAGCAGGGGCAGGCGUGCGAGCGCAGCUAGAGUUAGCCAAGACAAUAAACAGGCGGGCGCUUGCUUCUGCAGACCAGGGGCGGUGUGACCUCCUUCAUGAAAAGCUCGGACCUCGAAUUCGUUUCUUCAUGUAAUUUGCGGGUGUUCUUUCUCGAGGUUUGUCUACCUCACUAGUGGCUUCAUGAAACACGGGC